CGCUUCUCUCUCUCCCCCUCUCUCUCUCUCUCUCUCUCUCUAUCUCUCUCUCUUUUUCUUUCUUUCUUUAUAUUUUUGUUCUUGUUAUUCUUUUCCAUGGUUUUGCUUCCAAGUAUGGAUAUCUAUCAUAAUAUUAAUGUACCUGUUUCAGGUUCUCUUCCUCCCAUUUCCACUCCUCAAGACUUCUCUUACUCCAUGGAAGGAGAUGAACAAGAUGUAAGUCUUGAAUGGUUAUCAAUCUUUGUGGAAGAUUGCCUCUCAAGCACCACAACAUCCUUCAUGGCCCUCCCAAGUACUAUUCCCUCAAACUCCAUCCCAAGCCAAACCCCUAAAGACAUCAACUCACCUUCAAAACCAAGAACAAAAAGAAGAAAGACCACUACCCCAAACCCUAACCCUAACCCUAAACCCAAACCUAAACCUAAAGCUUCUUGUGAUUUCUCCCACAACAGUAUCCUUUAUGACCCUCCUUUACUUCACCAAACCCAAUGGCUUGCUGACAGUGAGCUCAUCUUCCCCAAAAAGGACCCUUUGAUUGUUGACAAAGUUGAAAUACAAGAUGAUAAAGAUGAAGUGGAUGAGGAUGAUGAUGAAGAAGAAGAAGAACAACAACAACAUCAAGAAGAACAAGAACAACAACAUGAGAAACAACAGCAGCAGCAACAGCAACAACAACAACAGGCAAGGAGGUGCAGUCACUGCCUGUCACAAAGGACCCCACAAUGGAGAGCAGGUCCAUUGGGACCUAAAACACUGUGCAAUGCAUGUGGAGUGAGGUUCAAAUCUGGCAGGUUGCUUCCUGAGUAUAGGCCAGCCAAGAGCCCCACUUUUGUGAGCUACAAGCACUCCAAUUCUCACAAGAAGGUCAUGGAGAUGAGGAUGUCAAUUAUGUCCACCAAUUCCAUUUCCAAUUGAUUCUCUCUCUCCCUCUCUGUCUCUCUCUAUCAUCACUUCCUGGCUCUCUUGUUUGUUGUAUAAAAAAAAAAAAAUCAUGCAUAGUUUUUGAGAGAGUGGUUUCAUUUCAAGUCACAUUAUUAUUGUAGUUUAACUUCUUUUUUUUCUUAUUUCUUUUCCCAUUUGCCUUUGCUUGUAUCUAUUAGCAUAUUUUAAAUUGAGUGAUGUGGGACUACUUCCAUUGUUA